AUGAACCAUGCCCUGACCCUCAUUGAAGUGGCGCAACGUCGCUCCAUUAGCGGCCAACAACCAACUUACGUAUGCUUCAUCGACUUCCAAGAGGCCUUUGACACGGUCCCGCACGAGGCUCUAUUUUUGAAGAUGGAACGAGCCGGAGUCUCCGGAAAGUGCUUAGCGUUCUUCCGUGCGCUCUAUGCAGACUCGUGGAUGCGCAUCCGACUGGGCGACGGCUCAAGAACCCCUUGUAUAAGAAUACGCCGUGGACUACAAAAGGGCGAGCGCGCAUCCCCGCUCCUUUUCAACAUCUUCAUCAACGAUCCGCUGAAAAACUGCAGACAAUACGGGCUUGAGGUGCCGUGGAUAGACUGGGGAGAUGCCCGAUGA